CUUGCACCGGAAGCAGAAGGCAUUUCGCUUCCGGGUCGGCGGUGCCUGCGCUGGGCCGGCUGCGGAGUCAGUUGUGGCAGAAGAGGUCCACAACCAUGUCUGUGGCAACAUCCUCCCAGAUUCCAGAAGGCACUCAGCAAUAUGGAUAUCUACUUAGGGCAGUGAGCAGGCUAAAGAAGAGCUGAGUAGGAGAAAAUGAGUUCAGCGGGGAAGAGAAGAGGAAGGCCGAAUAGAGGCGGAGGAAGAGGACGAGGCAGAAGCGGAGGAGGAGGAGGAGGAAGAGGCAGAGGACAAUGUAACAAAUCUCAUGCUGGUGGAAAUAAGAAAGGGUCAAGCAAAACUUGGGAUGAUGGGGAUGACUUUUGCUGCUUUGAGGAACUGCCAGUUGCAUCCAGAACAAGCUGCGUUAUCAGAAGAGGAGAGCAAAGCAAACAGAGACCUGAAACGAGGAUGCCUCUGCAGACCAUACAUAUGACAUCUGAGAAUCAGCAAAGGGUGAAAGAACUCCUCCGAGAACUGCAGGGACAAGAGCUGACUGCUGGUUCCGAAAUGGCUGCAUCAGAUGGUGAUGAUGAACCUGAUUAUUUUGAUGACGUGCCUUGCUGGUCAGCAGACGAAGAGAUUUCUGAAGUAACUACAAGGGUGGUUUCUGAACCAGAUGAACACAAAAUGGUGGAAAGUGAGGUGUCUUCAUUUGCUGUGCAUAAACUUUCCAGGUAUGGCUUUGAUAAUGAGCGCUGUCGGACAAUUCUAAGAUCCUGCAAUGGUAACAUUGGGGCAUCCUUGGAACACUUGCUGUUGCAGUGCUUUUCAGAAAAAUACGGAGAGAGGAUGCAAAUCUCAGAAGCAGCUGUUCAGGCCAGUAUAGAAGAAUGCUUGGAACAAAGGCAAGAAGAGGCUUUUGCUCUCCAUUCAAUCUAUGGAGAAAACUUUGUAGAAAGAAUUAAAAACAGAGUUUGGAUAUUUGGAUUGGAACUGGAGCACCUAACAAAUAAAGUCAGCAAAUCCAAACAAAGGGAUAGUGCUGCCAAAGAUGUGGAAAAACAGACUUUAAAUAAAGUCUGUAAAUUUUACCUUCAAGGGGGCUGCAAGUUUGGCUCAAGAUGCAAAUUCCAACAUGAGACUCCUCCAAAGCACCUGCCAAGAACAUUACAGAAUUCUGUGGAUGACGCUCACCUCAGAUCUAAUGGCGAUACCUCUCCUUUGUACGAACUUGAAAUCAGAUUUCCUGAGGAUAACAAAUACCCAUAUCAGGCACCCAUUGUGGCAUUUUAUUCCACCAAUGAGAAUCUACCUCUGGCUUAUCGUUUACACAUUGCUGAAUUCCUCUAUGGAAAGGCCUUGAUGUCUGCAGAGGCUAAUGAACCAGUUGUGUAUUCUUUAAUAACCUGUUUAGAGGAUGAAUCGGAAAUAACUGAGUUACUUACUAAUACUUACCACAAGUAUAGUGUCCCUCCUAUGUCCCUGCUGGACAUGCCCUCAACAAGAACCCGUACAGACUGUCAUAAACAAGCGUUUCCAGAUAGUUCACCUGUUUCAAAUUGCAUGUCAGAAGUCACAGAAGAGUCUGAACCUGAGAAUGAUGACGAUGAGGAGGAAGAGGAGCCUGAAACUGUUAUUGUGGAGAAUGAGAGUUAUGUGAACCUCAAGAAGAAGCUUUCCAGAAAGUAUGACAUGCAGGCAAAGUCUGUGUAUAAUGAAAAUGUUAAAAUCUGCAAGCAAUUCCGAAUAAAGCAGUCUUCUAGGCACUUCCAAUCCAUGUUGCAAGAAAGACAGAAUCUCCCUGCGUGGGAAGAAAGAGAAACCAUUCUUGAUUUGCUGACUAAGCAUCAGGUGCUUGUUGUGAGUGGCAUGACUGGCUGUGGGAAAACCACUCAGAUUCCUCAGUUUAUUUUGGAUGCUUCACUGAGGGGUCCUCCAAAUAGGGUAGCCAAUAUCGUAUGCACCCAGCCUCGCAGGAUCUCUGCCAUUUCUGUAGCUGAACGCGUAUCCAAGGAGAGAACAGAAAGAGUUGGGAUUACUGUGGGAUACCAGAUCCGCUUAGAAAGUGUAAAGUCACUGGCUACCAGAUUGUUGUACUGCACGACUGGAGUGCUGCUGAGAAGACUAGAAGGAGACAUGACUUUACAGGGAAUCACCCACGUUGUUGUUGAUGAAGUUCAUGAAAGAACAGAAGAGAGUGACUUCUUGCUGCUGGUUUUGAAGGAUAUUAUGUUUCAGAGGCCAGACCUGCGUAUUAUACUAAUGAGUGCCACCUUGAAUGCAGAGCUUUUCUCUCAGUACUUUAACUCCUGUCCAGUUAUUAACAUACCAGGUCGGACAUUCCCUGUGGAUCAGUUUUUUCUGGAAGAUGUAAUUGCAGUCACAAGGUAUGUCUUAGAGGAUGGUAGUCCGUACAUGAACAACACGAAGCGAGGUCCAGAAGAAAAACUUAAAGCAAGACGCAAGAGAACUGCAUUAGAAGAAGUAGAGGAAGAUCUAAGAUGUUCUCACCUCCUAGAGGAUGACACUACUGUCAAGGAUUCAGUCCCAGACCAGCAAUUAACUUUUAAACAACUCCUGAUACGAUACAAAGGGAUUAGUAAAUCAGUGCUAAAAACGAUGGCUGCCAUGGACUUAGACAAAGUUAAUCUGGAAUUAAUAGAGUCCCUGCUGGAGUGGAUAGUCAGUGGGAAACACUCAUACCCACCAGGUGCUGUACUGAUAUUUUUGCCUGGUCUUGCAGAAAUUAAGAUGCUUUAUGAACAGCUACAGUCUAAUGCCCUUUUCAAUAAUAGACACAGUAAACGCUGUGUUGUUUAUCCACUCCAUUCCUCACUGUCCAGUGAAGACCAGCAGUCUGUGUUCCUGAAGCCUCCUGUAGGAGUUACCAAGAUCAUCAUAUCUACGAACAUUGCAGAAACAUCCAUCACCAUUGACGAUGUGGUCUUUGUGAUUGAUUCUGGGAAAAUGAAAGAGAAAAGAUACGACCCCAGCAAAGGAAUGGAAAGUCUGGAAGACACAUUUGUGUCCAAAGCUAAUGCGUUGCAAAGGAAAGGGCGGGCAGGGCGCGUAGCCUCUGGAGUCUGCUUUCAUCUUUUCAGUAGCCAUCACUACAAUCACCAGCUUAUAAAGCAGCAGUUACCCGAAAUACAAAGAGUGCCUUUGGAACAGUUCUGUCUCAGAAUUAAGAUUUUGGAUAUGUUUUCUGCACACGGCCUUCAAUCUGUCUUAUCCCGCCUGAUUGAGCCGCCAAGAAUUGAAUCUCUGCGUGCAUCGAAACUGCGACUGCAGGACUUGGGCGCUUUAACUCCAGAUGAAAAACUCACCCCCUUGGGGUAUCACUUGGCCUCCUUGCCUGUAGAUGUGCGGAUUGGAAAACUAAUGCUGUUCGGCACCAUUUUCCGUUGCCUGGAUCCUGCCCUAACUAUAGCAGCAAGUCUGGCCUUCAAGUCCCCUUUUGUGUCUCCAUGGGAUAAAAGGGAGGAAGCGAACAAAAAAAAGCUGGAAUUUGCAAUAGGAAACAGUGAUUACCUGGCUCUUCUCCAGGCUUAUAAGGGCUGGCACUUAAGUACCAAAGAGAGUUCUCGUGCAAGCUACAGCUAUUGCAGGGAGAACUUCUUAUCAGGAAGAGUUCUUCAAGAAAUGGCGAGCCUAAAAAGGCAAUUCACAGAACUGCUGUCUGAUAUUGGAUUUGUGAAGGAGGGGUUAAGAGCCAGGGACAUGGAGAAGAGGUGGUCUCGAGGAGAUGGUGUUUUGGAUGCUACUGGAGAAGAGGCAAACUCUAAUGCAGAGAACAUCAAGUUGAUAUCAGCAAUAUUAUGUGCUGCUCUGUAUCCCAAUGUUGUCCAGGUGAAAACCCCAGAGGGGAAAUACCAGUAUACCAGUGCAGGAGCAGUUAAAUUACACCCAAAGGCAGAGGAGUUGAAGUUUGUUACAAAAAAUGACGGUUAUGUUCACAUUCAUCCUUCCUCAGUGAAUUAUCAAACCAGGCACUUUGACAGCCCCUACUUGGUGUAUCACGAGAAGAUCAAAACCAGCCGUGUGUUCAUCCGGGACUGCAGUAUGGUGUCGGUGUACCCGCUGGUCUUGUUUGGAGGAGGGCAGGUCCACGUGCAGCUGCAACGGGGGGAGUUUGUCAUUUCGCUUGAUGAUGGAUGGAUUCGAUUCGCAGCAGCCUCCCACCAGGUGGCAGAGUUGGUGAAAGAACUCCGCUGUGAACUAGACCAGUUACUCCAGGAUAAGAUCAAGAAUCCCAGCAUGGAUUUAUGCACGUGCCCGCGAGGAUCCCGUAUCAUUAGCAUGAUUGUAAAGCUUGUGACCACCCAGUAAUCUGAGAAGCACUUUUAUAAAGACCCACUUCUAACUGUGCUCGGAAAUGGAUUCUGGUCCCGCAAUGUUUUUGUAUUGUCAGAGUGUGGCACUGAUCCUGGUAGCGCUAAAUUGGUAAAUGGGCCAUUUUAGCUUUCAGAAAAUAGUCAAAGAAAUAAACCUGAGCAAAAUGGCUUCUGCUGAAAAUGAAAGGGCUCACGGAACAAACUAAGGAAUGGAAAGCUGGCAAUUCUCGUGAUAGUGAUUGAAAACUCCAAAUCAGAGAAGGAAAGCGUAGAAUUUGUUUAAAAAAAAAAAAAAAAUUCUGUUCAGUGCUGGAGUAUGUUUUCUGUGGUCUGUUUUUGUCAGUGUUCUGUUUUUUCCGGUACAGCACUUUUAACUGACUUUUGUUAGGAAGAUCAAGGAAUCACGUGCUAUGCAGCUUGCCCUUGGAGCAAUAUAAUUAUCAAGAGAGAGAGACAGCGCACAUUACCUGGUCAGGCUGCCCAGAACUUUUCUACAAUCAGUAUAAACUACAUGGCCAAGAACCCCACCUUCAGCAGCUGUUCAGUCUAACAUCGGCACUUAUCAAUCAUUUUAGGGUACAGCAGCUGUUAAGAGCUCAGUUUAAGGACUAGUACGUGAGUUGGUCAUUAAACUAGUUGAUUGUCUUUAAAACUAAGUGUGUUGGUCCCUCAUCAGUGUGCAAAAGCUGGUCUGCCCCUAGUUAUUCACUGAUCGGAACGUUUGUGUGUGUUUGAACCUGGCUCUGACCAAUCCCACUGCGAUUUCGUAUCUUUCACUGGAGUAGUGGUGCCCAAACUUUUCCUGUCAUGUUGUCCGUCCCGUUCCCCCCCCCCCCCGGCCCAUACCAGUCAUGGAAUUUGGCCCCCCCCAACCCCACAAUUACUGUGCAGCCAAGGCUUCCUCAGCUGAGAAGCUUGGCCUGGGGGCAGAGAGGGAAUGAGGGUGGAGCCAGGCUGGGGCUGGAGCAGGGGGCGGAGUGGAGCUGUGGCUGGAGGCGGAGCUGGGCUGCGGCUGGGGGCAGAGCAGGGCUAGGUGGUUCUCCCUCCCCACCCAUGGGGGCUGGCCUGGGCCCCGCUGCGCACCCCCCCUGAACAUUCCUCCGCACCUCUGUAGCUGGGCGUGCCCCACAGUUUGGGGACCACUGUUCUAGGGUGUCUUCUCAAGGAGCUGGGACUUGCACACACAUGGCUGCAUCCAAAGCCCGCUGAAGUCAGAGGAGCCUUUCUGUUCACGUCAGUGGGCUUUGGACCAAGCCCACAAUUCCCCAUCCAGCCAGGAGAGAGAUGGGACCUUUAUAUCUUAAAUUGAUUUCAGUAAAUGACUGUUGUGUUAAAGACUGUUUCCUGCUAUCAUCCCUUAUUAAAUCUCUAAAGGCGGCGGGCUCUUCCUCCUGAACAGCUGCUUGGCUGGCCGCCCAAAAUACACCAGCUUUCUAAGGGCAAAGCUGCUCAAAUACAUUUACACCCUUCUCUUCGCAGAAGGGCUGGAGUAUUUCCUCCAUGGGUUUCACUGACAUUGAUCCACCUCUGGGUGGUAAUCAACGUGAAUGUGAAACUCUGCUACUUAACAGGAAAUCGCCCUGCUCAUGUGCACUGGAGACCAACUGAAAAGAAGUCACAUGUUUCAAAGUCAUAGAAGCUUUCUAGCCAAACCCUCGUGCGGAGGGACCAGGCAAUGGAGCCAGGGACCUGGAGCACUCGGGAUUGAUCAUGAAAUAUGGAGCCUUCCCUUCUGCAGUGCUUACUUUCAGUCGAACAAAGAUGUUUCCAGAAAUGGCUGUUCGGUGCCCCGUGGGAAAUACCUAGCGGAAGGAUCCUUUGUGCGAUUACAAGUGAAAGCAUCGUGGCCUUCGCCUGCUGCUUGAGGAUCAUUUGGACGGAAGCACUGUGACUGCAUGGUUUGGCGCAGUGGCUAGUUGCUUCCCAGGGGAGAUGCCGGUCACAAUUAGCCGGGGCACAUUCCUGAUGGGUGCUGGCUACUGCUAGCAGCCCUCCACAUGUUCGCUAAACUGGCCUGAUUCCUUGACAAGGGAAUUGUGCAAAUUGCCUCUGUUUAAAGCAGUGAAUCAGUCAGCCCUGGAGGCAGGAGGAGGACCACAGCCGGCUUCGGAAAGCACACACGUCCCACCGCGAAGGGAUCUGUCAGAAGGGGCAGAAAACCAUGCUCCGCAAAAGGAAGGGGGCACCUGGGCAAAGGGAGGGAGCCCGCACCAGUCAGAGCAGUCACAGGAGAGGGUUUGUUUGUUUUAAACCUGCUGCCUAUUAGUGUCAUUGGGUGACCCCUAGUUCUUGUGUUCUGUGGAGUAAAUAACACUUCCUCAUUUAUUUUCUCCACCCCAGUCAUGACAGAUAUAUUCAGGCCUCUGGCCCUUCAGUUAGGGGCUGAGAAGCUUUUUGGGUUAGGGAGGAGAGAGGGUUUUUGGCCUUUUUCUACGUCGGGGAAAAGGGCACCAACCAUUUUAUCCCCUUUGCAGGUCACCUUUCAGAACCCUGUGCGAGCACUGUUGCAGUUAAGCUGCAGUCAUUACCCUUUGCUAUUAUUUGACUAAGUCAGUUUCCUGGGAGAUGUCCCACUAAAGAAGAUGCCUGAUUUAGCCUGGCCCCAUUAAGGGUACUGCGGCAGCUUACAUUUCCACAGCCCCUUUCAUACCAAAGUGCUUUACAUAUGCUACAGAUACAAGACCACGGCAUUGCAGGCCCCUGGAGGGGGAGAGCGGUCACCAGCGGGCACAGGAAACACACAGCGGGCAGUGUUUGUCAAUGCCAAUGAAGCAGCACCUUGCCCUUCCAAACACAUUCUGGGCUCUGAGGGCUCACACAGAGUGGACAGUCCCCAUCGUUCAUUCUUGACUGAAAAAAAUCACAAAGUAAAAUGUAUGGAACUGCAUCGAGGAGCAAGGGCUAUGCCAGCCCUGCCCAGAACUCAACCUGUAGCACCAGGCCCGCUCAGUGUGUCAAACCUGAUGCUUAGAGCCCUAAGUUACAGUGCUCUAGCAGAGCCUAAGAGCUUUCUCUCUCUCUCUCCAGAAAAUGCUUCUGCCAAACAUCCCCCUUCCCUCUGUGCCCUGGCUCGGCAUGAAGCAGAGCUAAGAAUCAGGGUGGAAUGUUUCCUGAUGUGCUACGCUGCUCAAAGAGGCAACGGUCCCAAUCCCUGGUGGAGCUUUGUAUUUUUAGAUGAACAGAACUCCAUGUGGCAGCCUUACAAAUCUCCAUAACUGAAACAUUUCUCAGGCAAUGAAUGACUUCAAUAGGGUCAAGUGUUUACCCUAUAAAUACAACUGUUUUAUAACUGGUUUUUCCUCACCAGAACAGUGUGUCAACUAUGUUGUGUGUCCAUACCUACCAAUCUGCCCACCUGUGGUUGUACCAAUGCAUUCUGGGAAGAUCUGGACUGCUGUCCCAAUGCUUCAACAAGGGAUAGAGUGCUGAGAGGAUGCGCUCCCAGAAGGGAGUGGGACAUGCAGCUCCUAGCGUGAGCGCUCUCACACAUACUCGUUGCUGACUCAGGGAUUAUCCUGUUAUCACUGUCCUGGUCUCCAGAAGAUUAUUUACCAGAAGUUGCUCAGGUGGUUUGCUUUGCUAGCAUGUAUAAUAAUACCUGACCGAGCACUUCAAAACUACUGUGGAAACUGUGGUAAAGAAGUGAUGCUGAGUUCAUGACAUAGGAUCUUACACAUUUCUUGGUUAGGUUUCUACAGGGGAGAUCAUACACUCCUUGGGGCAAAGGCUCUGUCUUCCUAUACAUUUGUACAGCACCAAGCACAACGGAGCUCUAAUUCUGACUGUAGCCCUCAGGCGCGAAUGCCGUAUACAGAAUAAUAUAGCAAAGAAGUAUGGCUCGUCAGUGCUGCUGGAAGUGGCCCCCUGGGUGGUGUUCAAGAACCCCUAUAUGCCAUACUUGGCUUCUGAGAAGUCUUGGUGAGCCCAAGUCUGGACCCACACCAGGAGAACACCAGCACCGAGGUGAAGACCUAGUGAACCCAGAUCCAGUAAGGUGCUAGGUGGAGAUCACAAACCACAGAGUGGUGUCACUUGUCGUCUUGUCAUGAUGCACAUUUCUGCCAGGUAACCCUGAAAUGAACUGCACCAGCCCCUGCUCUCGUUGCUGUUGGUGGGUUGGCAGGAGUUUAACAGGGGGCUGAGUUUGGGCCAUUGUUUAAAAAUCAAAGGCUCAGAGCUUGGUGCAAGCAUGACUGAGCUGCCUUGCUCUAGUCGAGCAGUGCAGCCACAAUGCCAACCCAGGCGCCUGAUGUAGGCUGUAUUCGGGGACUGAAACCUGUGUUCCGUUACAGGCUGUCACUUUGGGCGGGGGGGGGGGGCGGCUAGGGGGCUCUGAGAAGUGUGUGACCAGGGUCCUCAGCAGUCAGCCUGCGAAAGAGCUAAUCUGGAGCAGGGUGAGCUGUGCCUCAGGGAGCAGCCUGCUUUCUCUCUCUCUUCAUUCGGUUGUGUUCGAUUCCUGGAGUCUAAGAAAUAAAGUCGUGUGACUUGGCAACCUUCCA